AUGGCGACUACUAGAUUUUUGCUGACCGCCGGAACGGUCGUGCUUGUGUUGGGUUGGACGGUGUGGUCAGUUUCAGGCUUGCAAGAGUUGCCGUCGUGGCCGAACGUGCCUGUCCGGAUUCCUUACCUCCCCGCCAAACUACAGUGUCUGGACCACGCUAUCAACCAUUUAGGAACAUGUCGGCCUUUCCCCGGGAUGUCCAUAGCGCUAGUAAAGGACGGAGUGACGGUCCUGGCGCGGGGUUACGGGUACGCGGAUGUGAAGAAGCGGUGGAUGGCCACGGACCGGACCAUGUUCGGUAUCGGCUCGGUCUCAAAGUCCUUCACCACCGCCCUCUUCGCCUCGCUGUUCGCCGACGAUGAUUCCAGGUUCGAUUUCGGCACGAAAAUCAAGGACAUUCUAGGACCUGACUUCCGUUUCCGGGACCGGUUCCGGACGGAGGAAAUGACGUUGGUGGACCUACUUUGUGACGUCAACACUAGUUGUUACUUUUUCCCUUUCAGACACGUCCGGUAUUUUGAGGAGACGUAUCCCGGCUCCUUUAGGUCCACCUACACCUACAACAACCUGAUGUACGUGCUGGCCGGGGCCGUCGCCGAGAAGAUCGGCGGGCAGAGCUACGAGAAGCUGGUGAGAGACCGGAUCCUAGGGCCGCUGGGCAUGGACAGGACGGCGUACUGGAGCGAGGUAUUGAGAGGAGACGUCCGUCUGGAGAGGGUCGCCAUGUCCUACCGGACUUACAAAGGACCUGCCUGGACUGUACCCAGAAGGCCCCGCGUCCCGCCCUUCCUGCGGACCAGCAGCCCUCUGCGGUCCUGGUCGGGACACCCCUUGCCGCUCAGGGACAUCCCAAGGACAAGGUCACUGGAGCACGGGCUGGAGGAAUUCGGACCCCUUGACCUCGACCUCCCUGCCGUUGGAAUCCUCUCCAAUGCUGUGGACAUGGCUAAAUACAUGAACUUCCAACUCAAUCUCGGAAAGCUCUUAAACGGAAGUGAACUUGUACCACGGAAGCUGAUGCACCUGACCCACAAGCCCCUCACACCCAUCAGCGAACGGGGUGCAAACAACAAGGGGAAACCAAGAUGGCCGACCUCGUCAACAACUACAGCCUAUGGCAUGGGAUGGAGAGUAGGCAAUUAUAAUGGUGAGGAGCACUGGUUGCAAAUGGAGAACGUCUGCACGUACCCAGCGCCGUGGAUUCUCCCUCGCAGUAGGAACGCCAGCUCUGUUGACCAUGACCGUGGCCGUGACCGUGACGCCAGCACGCCCCUCGACAUAGCAGACGCCUCGAUGGGCGCCCCUCUUUCCCAUACCUUCAUCCGGGACAUGCGAGAAUUCGAAGGGAACUACUUCUCCCGCGCGGUGGGAAACUUCACCGUAACUUUCGACCAAUCAGAAGAGAAGCUGCGCGUGAAGUACGGCCUGAUUGGUCGAGGCGUUCUUAUCCCCACCACCAAAAGUCACAUUGUAUACCUCCGCCAUACCGACCCGGUGGAGGGACUGGGAGAUAUGCCUCUGGCAAUCGACAAUGCAACCGGGCCAGUUCGCUAUGUGGCUUUUCCUCCUUCACCCAAUAGUAACCCUCUGGUCUUCUUCAGGGAUGUGGAUGAGUAUGACCCACCCGAAGCUAUGUGGGGCUGCCCCUCGGAGUAACUGGCCAGGAGUUGC